CUUUCUUAAUUAUAAUCUCUCUAACUCUCUCAUCACCAAGAUCUCCAAAGAAGAAGAAGACAAUUGAUCGAGGGUUUCAUACUUUAAUGGAAGUCGGUCUGAAUCUCAAGGAUACUGAGCUUUGCCUAGGCUUGCCCGGUGGUGAAACUGCGAAAACCUCGGGGAAAAGAGGGUUCUUGGAGACUGUUGAUCUACAACUCAACAUUCAAAACAAUGAAUCUACACCGUUAGAUCUGAAGGAGAAGAUGAGUAGGUCAACUCCUUUGGUUGAGAAAGACCUAUCUAGUUCCAAAGAUCUUGAAAAACCACCAGCAAAGACACAAGUGGUGGGAUGGCCACCAGUUAGAUCGUAUCGUAAGAACGCGAUGUCUCAGAAGAGCACCAAUAACGACGUGAUGGCGGAGAAGGGAAGUAAUAGUACCGGAGCAAGCUUUGUUAAGGUCAGCAUGGAUGGGGCGCCCUACCUUCGAAAAGUCGAUUUGAAGAUGUACACAAGUUACAAGGAACUCUCUGAUGCCCUAGCCAAGAUGUUCAGCUCCUUCACCAUGGACAAUUAUGGGAGCCAAGGAAUGAUUGAUUUCAUGAAUGAGAGCAAGUUAAUGGAUCUUCUCAAUAGCUCUGAGUAUGUGCCAACAUAUGAAGAUAAAGAUGGUGAUUGGAUGCUUGUAGGAGAUGUCCCAUGGGAGAUGUUUGUAGGUUCAUGCAAACGUUUGCGUAUAAUGAAGGGAUCGGAAGCUAUUGGACUUGCACCAAGAGCUAUGGAGAAAUGCAAGAACAGGAUCUGAGGCACUAAACCAGGAUGCAUGCAUAUGCUUAAUUGGGUGAAGUAAAUUAGCUAGUGUUUGUUUGUGCUUGUACUUCUUCGACUCUUUCAUAGUAUAUAGAUAUCGAAAGAGGCAUCUCGAAAAAAAAAAACUUAUAUAUUGCCUUAUAAAGGUUUGUUUAAUGUUACUAAUGCCCUUUUUUUAAUUUUGUUUUUUGGUAUUGUCUAUCAAAUUGUUAAGUAUUUGAUCAGUCUUUGCUGUCACAGUUAAUGCUUUUGUGAGUGUUUUUCUUUAUUUGAAAUGAUCCACUAAUAAGGGUUGUUGUCCUA